ACUUCCCAAGACAUCAGGCAGAUCAAAUGCAGCAAUUACAGCCACCACUAACACAACUUUCAGGAACCCCAUUCUAACAAACUUUGACACAAACACCAGCUCUUGGCUUUGCCAUUUUGUACAGCUUUGAGUUAAGGUGGCUCCACCCCUUUUACCUUAAUUGAUUAUCCUUGAUUCUCCUCUGGACCUGUAGAGUGUAUGUAUGCAUCUUGGAGAAGCACCAUUCUGCACAUUUUCUAUGCGACUGUCCAAAUACCCACACUUGCUGUCUUUGUACUUGACCACUUGUCUACUUACAGAGCUUUAUUUACAUUUUGAUUACAAAAGACACAAAAGAGGCGUUCAUGUUCCAACAGUCAACAGUCCUUCUAUCUACAUAACAUGUAUUCUGAAGGCAACUAUUGCUUCUGCACCCAGUGAUGCUCAGCACAAAUCCUGUUCCUUUGCCAAUAGGUGGUUUGCUGCUGAUGGAAACGACCAAGUUUGUGGUUGCUGUGACUCAACAUGUGGUCCUGAUGGUGAAUUUUUCCUACCUCAACCUUUGGAGGCAUUCAAUGGGAAGGCAAGGGCUUGCUUGGUCCUGUAAUGGUUCAAGG